AUGCUGGAGGACAUUUUGCGACGUUUGGAUCUUUGGAAACAAAACCUUCCGGUUGAAUUGACUUUUACUGGACCCGAAUCGAAGCCAGCUGCUGGCCUCUUACACGUCUACUACACCUGCGUCUGCAUGAUUUUUUGGAGAGUGUUUAUGCGCAUCAGCUUCAUCUGCCCACCACAUUUGCAAUUCUCUCUCAAUGUUACCGAAUGGAACAAGGUCAUUGAGAAUGCGCGUUCUGCCAUACUUUGGUUUGAUCGUAACGACAUUUACUGGGACUCGUGGUUCGCAACGUCAUAUUCUCUUGUCAGCUGUGCUUUGAGUCAGUACCAUACUUGGGCACGAAGAAAAGACGAAGAGGCGGUCACGACUCUACUAGUGCUCCGUGAUGCGGUUGGAGAAAUUCUAUGUCUACUGUACGAAGUCACCAAAACACCACAAUCUGGACCGGCGAAUAUACUUGCACCGACCAUUGGCAUGCGGGAGCGAAGCGAUGCCGUUUUCGAAAACCUGACAUUCCGAAAGGACACAAAGGGCGGAGCCUAUGUCACUUCUGACCCGAAGAUUGCUGCCCAGCUCAAGGAGCUCCCACAGGGGACGAUCAUUACCGAGCCUAACACACCUGCAACUUCAAGUAUAGAUGAUCCGGGGUCGAGAGAUGGCACAAUGUUUUCCAAUGGACCUGUAAGUCUGAUGGACACUAGGGACAGGGCGCCUUCCCGCGACUCGAUUGGUCGCCCGCCACAGCCGCCCAGUGUGUAUUCGCACCCGAACGCACCGGAUCAGCUGGGAAUCGAUGGAGUACCUGGGAACAUGUUUGACUGGGGUGGGUGGGACACGUGGUUGCAAAGCCUGGGUACAGAGCCACUUUCGAGUCUCGCGCUAAAUGGGACUACGUACCCACCACCCUCUUCAUAA